UGCUCAUUUUCUCGUCUCAUUGGCGACCCACUUUGCUCUGAUGUGACACUUCUUGACAGGGAAGGUCCACUACCAGCACAUUGCUUCGUCUUCGCUGCUUGGAAUCCAGAUUGUCUUGUUGUUCAGCAGCGAAACUCAGUUACAAUGGUGCCAAAUAUUUCUCGAGAACAACUUCUUUCUGUCCUCUCAGCUCUAUAUCAAGGUGAUCGUGCAACUCUCAAAUCGCUAGCAGAAAGGGAUGGGGAGAUCCACAGUCUUCUUGUAAGGUAA